AUGAAAGAUCAAGCACUUCAGCUUCAAGACUUACCAUUAGAACUAAUUCUUCGAGUACUUCCUUUCGAAGAGUGCCUACUAAAACAACCUUUGGAGAUAUCUAUACCGUGGCUCAAUUUUAUGGAGCCCAAGAGGCGUUAUCGAUUGUUGGGGGAAAGCGGUAUAGGAAAUGCACGGUGUGGACUCAAAUUCGACUUGGAGAUGAAAUAUGGCAAGUUAAUAUACAUCAACUUUGGUAAACCAGCUGAUUCAAAGUACCUUAAGGAUUAUAUAAUCUUUGAUGCAAAGACUAUUAGUGACUUUAUAUAUAAAUACCCCGAUUUGAUCAGAUGCUUGAAGGUAUGGACGGGAGACUUGGAUCAUGAUAAAUACUUGUGGUUAGAUUGUGCCAACAUUCAAAGUUGCAGUUCAAAGCAUUUACAUGAUGUUGUAUUUAUGGAGGGCACAGAAAUGGAUUCCUCCACUCAGUUUGAAUUGAGUUUCUUGAGAUUCCAUUCAUUGUGUAAUCAUGAUGAGAAGGUGAGGCUGCUUUUUCAUAAUUUGAGACAUGAUUUCUUAUCCAAUGUAAAGCAUGUUGAGUUAGAUAUGGUUGUUAAAGAUUUCAUUAAACUACAAGUUGAAUUGAAAAAGCUCACAGGCGAAUGUCACAAAAUGGCACCUACGUCACUACAUAUAUACUUGAAGUUGGAAAAAGAUGGGACCUACCCACAAAAGUUUCCUCUUGAAUGGAUCACCAGUAUAUUCAACUUACAACUGGUGGAGGAUUUCUCACUUCAUUACUACAACAAGGGUACCUCUAUCGCCUACUUGAAUGAUUGGAUCGAGAAGAUGCCGCACUUGAAGUCAUUGAACUUGGGAUUUGGAAACUUGAACUUUACUCAAAUCCCACGACAACUCGAGAAUAGCAAGGCUAAUAUCCAAGUCAAGGUGGAUAAGAAAUACUUCAACUCAAUUCAACACAAGUAUAAUCGUUGCUAUUGGCAGGAAAAGAAGUUUAGAGAUUGUGUCAUUGUCUGUAGACCAGGGCAUUAG